AUGAAUGUAUUGAUUUCGAAUGUCCGCAUCUAUCGCAGCUCUUAUUUGUCUGUGACUGGUGUACUGACGUUGACGGCGCCCAGGCCGCUGGGCAUCCUCGGCGAGGGCUAUGGGGAUGAAGCCGGGUUGAACCAGCUGUUACAAAGUUUGCCACGAGAAGACAACAUUAUCGAAAAUCUUGGAGGAACGAUCAUCAUUCGCGCUAAGGCCAAGUUUCAGAAGCCAGUGGCAUUAUUGUCGUUGGCGCCUGCCUUUUCUAGGGAGACUCCUGUUACUGCUGAGUUCAUCGGUGAAGAUAAUCGGGGCCCAUUCUGUGAUUGGUGGGAAGAAGGCUGCCUGAGAUUCGGAGGCGUGAUUUUGAAUUUUUACCCGAGUAACAUUGCGACAAUCUUGGGAAACUUCCUACCUCGUCUUAUCCCACGUUUAUGCAGGAUUGCGGAACUUAAGGCGGACCUCGUUGACCCACGGGGUGACUAUACGGUCCUUCUGCGAGCGGCCUCAAUCUCUAACUUGGCGAGCGUGUUGGCUGACCCACAAUGUGACUAUUUCCUCGACAUCCUCGAACUGGACACAGUAAGGAUCACGGUUUGGGUCUGUGCUCGGCUAGGGAGUUUUAGAGACUGGAAUUACAGUGAAUUGGCUGGAAAAAAUACACAGCCCAGAACCCUUAAAACCAUUUGGUGGCAUAUUCAUGUGAGUGGCAAGGAGGUACCGGUAGAAUGGCAUUGGAACAUGUAA